AUGUACGGAAAUACAAAUGAUUCGACUAUUAGUUCUGAAAGUGCCAGAUUGAUGGAUCCAAUGGAGCUUGAAGUGUCUCUGCCACUGGCAAAUAAUAUUUUGGAUGAGAAUGAUUUGUUUUAUAAAGUUCGUUCGGAUAGUUCGACUCCACGUAAAUUGAUCAACCGACAAAACUCAGUUAUAUUAGCAAACACAGGUGAAAGAGUCCAUAGAUCAGUCACAUUGACGCUCCCACAGGAUUACGAUGUACUGCACGAAUCCAUUCCCAGUUACAAGCCUCAAUCGAAAUUCAAUCAGAUGUUGCAAAUGGUGAAGCGGAUUUACUUUAAUGAAGUUUUCCGCAGCGUUUUCAAAUGCACAAUGGCAUAUUUCCUUGCAUCAUUGGGUGUCUUUGACCGAUCGUUUGACGACUUCUUAGGGUCAACAGAUUCGAAACAUGUCAUUGCUACGGUGGCUGUGUACUUCCACCCAGCCAGAACAAGAGGAUCAAUGAAUCAAACGUUGUUAUUUGUCAUCAUUUCGAUUGCAUUUAGUAUCACCGUCUCAUUUGGUUGUCGGUUUAUUUCAGCAGUGAUGUACGUUGGUGGGAAGGAUGAAGUUAGUCACAUUAUUGAUCUUAUUGUGAGUUCUGUGGCAUUGGGAGUGGUUGCAUUCAUGAAACAAAAAGUGAAUAAGCAAACAUUCAAUACUGCCUGUUCGCUAGCUUGCAUAACAAUUGUUUCAUGUAUCGUGAAAGAGGGCAGUGCAAGUUCGGGCAGUAUACCAACGGAAAGAAUUGAAGCAACGUUCAAAGUGGUGGUUACCGGCUGUAUCAUUUCUUUUGCAUGCUGUUAUUUAAUUUGGCCCGUGAGUGCGACAAAGGAGUUACAGAAUACGUUGAAUGAAUCAUAUAGAAACUACUCCAAGUUGUUGUUGGUUUUAACAAGGCGAUUUGUGGCCGGUGAACAAUUGAAUGCAAAAGAUGUAGCGUUGAUUGACCAGUUGAAGAAACAUGUUAAAUCGAUGGAGCUGAAUUUAGACGAAACGAAGUAUGAGCUUUGUUUGGUGGGUAAGGAAGCAGAAUGGGAGUACUACAAGAAAUUAGUUCGUUCAACAGUAUCUUUGGCACGUCACUUACAGGCAUUGAGUUCUGCCACGAGAAUGCAGUGGAGCUUACUAAAUAACAUAUCGGAGGAAAAAAGUACAACAACAACUUUACGGAGUUUCAGUGGCGAUGAUUUUGGAAGCUCUUCCUCCUUGGGCCAAUUCAAUUCCACACGCACUGAAGUUGAAGAAACUGAUAUGGGGUCUUCACUUCAACUUUUUGAUUUGUUUGUUUAUCAUUUGGCACCAUCGAUCAAAUCAUUAGUAUUUACAGUGAGAGACGUGCUAAAUAGUCUUCCGAUUGGUAAAUUUGUCGCCGCUGAGUUGAAUGAUUCGAGAAAUUAUCAAAAUGCAUUGGACAGUGCCAUAAAAAUGUACCAAAAGCGACAGGUCCUAUCAUUUGAACAUAUUUAUAAUCAAGAAUCUUUCACGCAAAACGCCAACUUUGACUUUAAAGCUGACCAAGAAGAAGUAGCAGCAUGUUGUGGAAACUUUGCCACACUUCUUUCGCAAUUUGCCGGUGAGUUGCUUCAAUGCUUGAAAUUGUUUGAUAAGCAUCAUGAAACACGAAUUACACCCAGAUCAUGGUCAUGGAUACGCCUCAAACGGGGUAAAUUCACCAAAGACCACACUAAUGACACUAGUCUACAUGCUGCGUUGGAUGAUUUACGUGAUCAGUAUGGAUUGAAGAAGGAAAAGCCACAAUUUGGUUCUAUUACAGAGCGCAUAAGCUAUGAAUUGUGGAAUCGAUUAAAGUAUUUAAAACGCGCUGAUGUUCAGUUUGGUAUCCGCGUGGGCUUAGGUGCUGCUUGUUUAUCACUCUUUGCAUUCAUUCCGGAUACAAAGGAAAUUUUCGAAAACUGGAGACUUGAAUGGGCAUUGACUGUUUAUUGCAUUAUGAUGAAUAAAUCUUUGGGUGGAACGACAAUGACUGUCAAAUGGCGGAUCAUAGGUACGUUUCUUGGUGCAUUUGUUGCGUUCUCAAUGUGGACAAUAUUUGAAGCAAAUGUGUAUGUUUUGGCUUUCACUGGGAUCUUGAUCUCGAUACCUUCUUUUUAUAUUAUUCUAUUUUGGAAACAAAAUAACGCCUUUGGAAGAUUUAUUUUGUUGACGUACAACUUAACCAUGUUGUACUCAUAUAGUAUGCUUCAGAAGGAUGCAGAGGAUGAUUUCGAGGGAGGAGAAAAUCCAAUAAUUGGAGAAAUAGCUUUUCAUCGAUUUGCUGCGGUAUCAAUUGGCAUUAUUUGGGCAUUGACCAUGGCAACUUGCUUUUUACCAAAUAGUGCAAGGUCAAGAUUGAAGAAUGGUUUGUCGAUUUUGUGGUUGCGGUUAGGUGUCAUUUGGAAUAGUGAUCCACUAGAAUAUAAUCCAGAGACUAUGGAAUUAGUAGGCUUCAAAGCUGAAGAAGGUACGAACAAGAUUUUGUCUGAAUGUGAAACAUUGCUCAAACAAGCACCAGUUGAGUUUCGAUUAAAGGGCAAAUUCCCGACCCAAACAUACGCUAAACUCAUUAAGGAGACAUCUGCUAUCAUUGAUGCUUUUCAAAACUUGGACUUGUUGAUCAAAGCUGAUCCUACCCUCAACAGUAAUGAAGAAUACGUGCUAAAAUAUAUCGAAGUAGAGAGGAGUGAGGUUGAACAGAGAAUCUUUUUGGUAUUUUACAUGAUUGCCAGUGCCAUGAAGUUGGGAUUUUCCCUACCCAAAAAGUUUGCUUCAAUAGAACAUGCUAAAGAUCGAAUGUUGUACAAGUUGAGUGAGAUCAGGCAACAACAGGGUAAUGGGCUUGUGUUGCAAAAUGAUGAUUUUAUUUUGUUGUAUUCGUACAUUCUCGUUGCUUCUACUAUUUCUAAACAGUUGGAUAAGAUGUUGGUUGAUAUUAAGGAUUUGCUUGGUGAGAUAUCAGAGGAUAAAUUUAGAUUAGUUUAG